AUACUUAACCCAGUCAUCCCCAACUCAGCAGCAAAAGAAGAAACCAGAAAGAAAAGCGAGACACCUCGAUUUCACAUUCUCUUAACUACAGCAGACAUGGUGAAGAGAGACAGAGAGGACGCCGAGGUCGAAGCCCUGGCCAUGGCCAACUGCUUGAUGCUCCUCUCCCGAGUCGGCGACAGCGCCGGCUCGCCGCCUUGGCCGGCUAACCGCGGGUCGCGGCCCGGGGAGCGGAUGUUCGCGUGCAAGACGUGCAACCGGGAGUUCUCGUCCUUCCAGGCGCUGGGAGGGCACAGGGCCAGUCACAAGAAGCCGAAGGUGAUCUCCGGCGACCUCUUCCACCUCGGCCGCGUGGGGGGCUCCUCGCCGGCCAAGCCGAAGACGCACGCGUGCUUGAUAUGCGGCCUCGAGUUCCCGAUCGGCCAAGCCCUCGGCGGCCACAUGAGGAGGCACAGGGCCGCCAUGGCCGAGAGCUUGGCGGCGGUCGCGGCCGCAACAAAGCCUGUGCCGGUGUUGAAGAAAUCGAACAGCAAGAGGGUCAUGUGCUUGGAUUUGAACUCGUCGCUGACCGAGGACAACUUGACCUUGCGUUUAGGAAAGGUCGCGCCGUCGUUGGUGCUGGAUCUCGUUUUGUAGGGGCAUAGAGAACGUAGAUUGUGUACAAAGCAGUUUCCAGUUGGCGCAGACAGUUUUCUUUUCUUUCUUCGAAUUCAAUGAUUCAUGUUUCGAAUCAGAGUCGCUAUAUUCAUUUGUUACAUGAACACAUGAUAUGUUUGAACUUUUC